AUGGGGCUCCCGCAUCUUUUCUCUCGUCACAAAUCUUCUUCCUCCAAAUCCUCUUCUUCCAAGUCUAAAUCUACUCCGACAACGACUGCUUCUGCUCCUGUUCCUCCUACUCCUCCCACUCGCUCGAUUCCUGCUUCUUCCCCCCCUCCGUCUUCCUCUCCUCUCCCCCCUCCUCCUUAUUCUUCUUCAUAUUCAGCGAGUUCCCCUCUUCCCCCACGUCCAUCCGCAAGAGUCAAGACCGACGACUCAUUCCCGACUCGACCUCCGCCCCCUCCUCACCGGGCAAAGACCGUUCAUUCGGCUCCCUCUCGCCACCCCCAUCCUCCUCCUACGCCGCCGCUUCACCAUCCGCAGUCGUUUCCUACUCCGACUCAACGUCCUUCCAUUCCUCGAAAACCUACUCGUCCGGCGCACAGUCGUUCCACCUCCACUCCCUCCAAAUCAGCCUCGGUCCGGUCGAAACCCUCGUCCGUCCCCCGGUCCGCGUCGUCGCUGUCUGCCGUUCAUUAUCGGUACUCGCACGACCCUAACUUUCACCCGCUCAACCUUCAUCCCGACGAACUACGUCGUCUUUCCGCUAUGGCUGCCGCUCGUGAUGAUAUGCGAAGCUCGAUGGACGUCGAUACCAACGAUCCCCGCCUCGGUUCCCCUUCUGCCACCAACGGUGUGAAUGGUACUCACACGGAGAAGAGUCCCACCCCGCCCCCUCACCGGUCUAAUGGAAACACCGCUGAGGCCGACUCCUUCAAGCUGGCUGGAAACAAAUUCUUCAAGGAUGGCAACUAUGCCCGCGCCAUUGAGGAAUUCAACAAGGCUCUCGAGAUUAGCCCCAACUCGUCCGUCUACCUGUCCAACCGGGCUGCAGCAUACAUGGCGGCCAACCAAUACCUGGCUGCUCUGGAGGACUGCGAACGGGCCCGCGAGCUCGACCCCACCAACACUAAGAUCAUGUACCGCUUGGCCCGUAUCCUGACCGCUUUGGGCCGUCCGACGGAGGCUCUUGACGUGCUGUCUCGUAUUGAGCCCCCGGCCUCCGCUACUGACCGUGCGGCCGCAGAGAAGAUGCUCCGCUUUGUCAGCCAGGCGGAGGAGGCUCUCUCGCAGGACCGUGGUGUCUCGAUGGUGCUGUUCUGCCUCGACCAGGCUCGUCAGCUCCUCGGACAAGGUGUCAAGGAGCCCCGCAAGUGGACACUGAUGACUGCAGAGGCCCAGUUGAAGAUGGGCAAUGACAACUCGUACGGCAAGGCACAGGACAUUGCUAUUAGCAUGCUCCGGGUGAACAGCCAGGACCCUGAUGCGCUGAUGAUCCGCGCCCGGGCCUUCUAUGGUAUGGGUGACACGGACCAGGCGCUGAAGCUGCUGAAGAUGUGCCUGGGUCUGGAUCCGGAUAUGAAGGCGGCGAUCAAGCUGCUGCGGACCGUGCAGAAGCUGGUGCGCACCAAGGAAGAGGGUAACACAGCCUUCAAGGCCAGGGACUACCGUCGCGCCAUCGACCUGUGGGGUGAGGCGCUGACCGUCGACCCGAAGAACAAGGACCAGAACGCCAAGAUUCUGCAGAACCGGGCGCAGGCCUACAUCAACCUGAAGGAGUACGACAACGCAGUGGCAGACUGCAACGAGGCCCUGCGGCUGGACCCCGGGUACCUCAAGGCGCAGAAGAUGCGCGCCAAGGCGCACGGCGGUGCCGGCAACUGGGAAGAAGCUGUGCGUGACUACAAGGCGGUGGCAGAGUCGAACCCGACCGAGAAGGGCAUCCAAGAGGAGAUCCGAAAGGCCGAGUUUGAGCUGAAGAAGGCGCAGCGCAAGGAUUACUACAAGAUCCUCGGAGUGUCCAAGGACGCGGGCGAACAAGAGAUCAAGAAGGCGUACCGCAAGAUGGCGAUCCAGUACCACCCGGACAAGAACCGGGACGGUGAUGCUGGUGACGAGAAGUUCAAGGAGAUUGGUGAGGCGUACGAGACUUUGAGUGAUCCUCAGAAACGUGCUGCCUACGACAACGGCGACGACCUGAUGGACCCCGCUGAUAUGUUCUCGCACGGCGGCUUCGGCGGCAUGGGAGGCAUGGGCGGAAUGGGCGGUAUGGGAGGAAUGGGAGGCAUGGGUGGUAUGGGAGGAACCCAUAUCAACAUCGAUCCCAGCGUGCUGUUCAACAUGAUGAACGGCGGCGGCGGUGGCUUUGCGCACGCAGGAGGACAGCGCGGAGGAUUCCCCGGCGGAUUUCCCUUUUAG